GAGGCUGAGGGAUCAGAGGGGGCUCAGGCUGGAGGAGAGCAGUCUCAGGAGGGACCUUCUUGGUGUCCACACCUGCCUGACAGGAGAAGGCAGCCAGGUGGGGGUCAAGCUCUGCUCCCAGGUGACAGGACCAGAGGAAACAGCCUGGAGGGGAGGUUUAAAUUGGAUUUUUAGGGAGAAUUGCUCAUGGAAAAGGCAGUCCCAUGUGCCUUUUGCGUACUCACAGGCUCUCCUGUGGGUGAGUGAUUUACAGACAGGCUCCCUGAGCUGGGUGUGGAUCCAGCCCCCAGUCCAGCAGCUGCUGGGGCAGAUAAAGGGCCCUCUGUGCCCCCACCCAGGCUGGGCUCAGAUACUGAGCUGGAUCCACAACGAAUGUUCUCCCCAAAAUCACCCUCCUCGCUUCAUCCUCACGUGAAGCUCUGGUGGGACUUGCUGCUGGGGUAAGAUCAUUCUUCCUGGAUCACCUUUUGGAGAAAAGUUUUUUUUUUUUUUGCUAAACUUCAGUGGUUUUUUGUUGUUGUUGUUGUUUUUGUUGUUGUUUUUUUGUGGAAGCUGUGAGUUUUGGUGCUGAGAAAAGAAGGAAAAUGAUGUGAGGGAUCAGAGCUGGAGUUCAAUUAAACUGAAUCCCUGGCUGAUGAUUUCCUUUUACAUCCUCACUGAACUAAUAUCCCCUUGUUUUGUAGAAAUCUCCUCUUCAAAUCUGAUGGAAUUUGAUGGAGGAUUAGGUGCUUUACAUGCCAGCAGUCAUCACUGAGGGAUACUGCCAAUGUGUCCAGUGUGAAGCAGUUCCCAGAGCAGGGGAAGGGCUCAGCCAUGGGGAACUCGGACAUGGAGCGGAAAGCAUCCUAUGAGGAUGUCUCUGGGGAGUCUGGGGGUCUCGGGGGGGUGGUCAGCACCAUCUCCAGCAGCCGGAGCCCCCUGCAGCCCCCUGAGACCGACGAUGGAGAGCCCUUCACCACCUACUUUGACAGCAAGAUCCCAAUCCCUGAGGAUGAGACACAUUCCUGCUUCAGCUUCCGCAAGCUGUGGGCGUUCACGGGGCCGGGGUUCCUGAUGAGCAUCGCCUACCUGGACCCUGGCAACAUCGAGUCUGACCUGCAGUCUGGGGCUGUCGCGGGCUUCAAGCUCCUGUGGGUGCUGCUGCUGGCCACCAUCAUCGGGCUGCUGCUGCAGCGGCUGGCAGCACGGCUGGGAGUGGUCACAGGGCUGCACCUGGCUGAGGUCUGCAACCGCCAGUACCAGAAGUUCCCUCGGAUCAUCCUGUGGCUGAUGGUGGAGCUCGCCAUCAUCGGCUCCGACAUGCAGGAGGUCAUUGGCUCUGCCAUCGCCAUCAACCUGCUGUCCGUGGGGAAGAUCCCGCUCUGGGGGGGAGUGCUCAUCACCAUCGCUGACACCUUCGUUUUCCUCUUCCUGGACAAAUAUGGCUUGCGGAAGCUGGAGGCGUUUUUUGGGCUCCUCAUCACCAUCAUGGCCCUGACCUUCGGAUACGAGUAUGUGACGGUGAAGCCCAACCAGGAGAAGCUGCUGCAGGGGUUGUUCAUCCCCUACUGCCGGGACUGUGGCACACCACAGCUGGAGCAGGCCGUGGGCAUCGUGGGCGCCGUCAUCAUGCCCCACAACAUGUACCUGCACUCUGCCCUGGUCAAGUCCCGGCAGGUGAACCGCGCAGACAAGCGGGAGGUGCGAGAAGCCAACAAAUAUUUCUUCAUCGAGUCGUGCAUCGCUCUCUUCGUCUCCUUCAUCAUCAACAUCUUCGUGGUGACCGUCUUCGCCGAGGCCUUCUUCAACAAGACCAAUGCGGACGUGAACCAGGUCUGUGUUAACUCCAGCAGCCCCCACUCCUCACUCUUCCCCAACAACAAUGAGACACUGGAGGUGGACAUCUACAAGGGGGGCGUAGUUCUGGGGUGCUACUUCGGCCCUGCUGCCCUCUACAUCUGGGCCAUCGGGAUCCUGGCAGCCGGGCAGAGCUCCACCAUGACGGGCACCUACUCGGGCCAGUUCGUCAUGGAGGGCUUUCUGAACCUGCGCUGGUCCCGCUUUGCCCGGGUGCUGCUCACACGCUCCAUUGCUGUCACCCCUACCCUCUUCGUGGCCAUCUUCCAGGAUGUGGAGCACCUCACGGGCAUGAACGACUUCCUCAACGUCCUCAUGAGCCUCCAGCUCCCGUUCGCGCUGAUCCCGGUGCUCACCUUCACCAGCCUGCCCAGCGUCAUGCACGACUUUGCCAAUGGCCUGUUCUGGAAGGUGGCCGGGGGCCUCCUCAUCCUCCUCAUCUGUUGUAUUAACAUGUACUUCGUGGUGGCCUACGUGAUGUCCCUGCACAACCUGGGGCUGUACAUUGGGGCUGCUGUGCUCAGCAUCAUCUACCUGUCCUUCGUGGCGUACCUGACGUGGCUGUGCCUCAUUGCCCUGGGUGCCUCCUUCCUGGCCUGCGGGAACACGGAUCAUCUGGGCUUCGCUGCCCACCCCGAGCUCUUCCUCCUCGGCCGCGUCGAUUCCGACCCAUCCGUCACCAGGUGACCACAGCACCAGGACCUGACCAGACCUCCAGGACACCCGGAAUGGGGGGAUGGACCCCUCCAGGACCCCGAGCCCCAGGCAUGUGGCAGGAGCAGAGCAGAGCUGGGACCCUGGGAACAGCAGGACCAGGAGGAGCUCCUGGAUCCUGGGGACAGGGCCAGGGGCAGCUCUGGGCCCCUCAAAGCUCUUCCCCAUUUUUCCCCCCAAACGGCAGCUUUGGGAAGAGUCCAUUGAUUUUUCCUGGAUUUCCAUUCUCAUCGCUCCAGUAUGACUUUGAUCCUUGGCGGUUUCCCUAAUUUAGGGAUUUUCCAGGUUAUUUCCAGAAUUUUCAGUAAAAGCCAGAUUUGCUGUCAGGUUCUGGCCUGGGGCCAGGGUUGACACAAAGGACAGAGGCAUUUCCCAGCAUUUCCAAGAGUUUUGGGUGCUUCAGAGCUCCAAAUCCACCCUUACAAGGGUUCAAGGGCAGCAGCUCCUGAAAAAUGCGAUGGAGCACCAGGAAUUUUCUGCAGUUUUUAGCCUGUUUUAGAAAUAAAAAUUUCUACCUAG